CCCCUAAUAUCCUCACUAUCGAUUUUUUCUUAAUUACAGAAUUUCGAAAUUUUUUAAUUGGUAUUCCUAAAACUUGAAAAUAAAAAGAUUCAAAUUUUUUUCUAUUAAAAAAUUUGAAAAUAUUGAUAUAUCCAUUGGUGAAAUAAUAAUUUUUCAAAAAUACCUUAACUAUAUUAGUGUUAUGAAUCUAGUUACUGUUUACGUUACCCAGUGAACACAUGACCUUAUUUUGACGUCAUAUGUAGGUCAUAGCAAUGCCACGGCAUCUGAUGUAAAUUUGAUGUCAAUCUGACGUUCUACAUGAUUUUAAUAUGAUGUAAAGCUUGUGACAUCAUAUUGAUGUAAGCAUGACUCUUGUAUGACGUCAUAGUUAUGACUUAUGUAUUACGUACGUUUGACAUAAAACCUACAUCACAUUGUUACGUAGUAAUAAAGUCAUUAUCGUAUAUCAUAAUGACGUAAUUUUAAAAUCAUACAUUUUUGUCAGUAGCAAAGUCACGGUUAUACGUAAUAUGGAUGUCACUCUUAAGGGGUUAGGGGUAGUCAGAAUUUUCAAAAAAUCGAUUUUUUUUUUUUUGCAUUUUCUUAAAGUAUAAUAUUUUAAAAAUAUUGUGUGAAAAUUUGAAGUGAAUCCGACAAAUUCUUUUCGAGUUAUUUAACAAUGACCAAAGGACGCUCGGGUGCUACGUGGCAUUCGAGUGCAGGUAGCUAGAAACAGCUGCAAGCAACCGACCUUUCGGGUUUCAUUGUCAUGAAUAUCUCCCCAUUUUAAUGUAGUACAAGAACUGAAAAAUAAUUUUUGGUUGCCAGUAUACCUGUAGUCGUUGCACUGAUCAGUCGAUAGUUUUGUGAUAAAUUAUUUCUCAAGUGAAUUAAAUUAUUAACCAUGGGACGUGAUUCUAGAAAGGUUUCAAGAGAACUUCGGAGUUCUGAAAAAAUUAAUAAGUCGCGUUCAGUCAAAAGAAAGAAUGUUUUUAAUCCGAAAACAGCCGAACGUGAUGAAAGUAUUCAGAGUACAUCUUCUAAAAAAUUAAAACAAAACACUGAAGAUGAUGUACCUGAAGACAGCAGUACUGAAUUUCGAAUAAUAAAUUUUAUUCAGGUAUUCACUGCAAUUUCUGCUCUUAUAAAAUGUAAAAAAUGUGAUGGAAAUGUAGUGUUUCAAACAGCAAGUACACGUGGGCUGGGAUUCAAAAUUGUAGUUGCAUGUAAUAACUGUGGAAAUGAAUAUAUUCCUUCCUGUUCUUUCGUUGGGCAUUCUUAUGAAAUAAACAGACGUUUCAUUUUUGUAAUGAGAAUACUAGGAAUAGGAUACGAAGGAUUGUGCAAGUUUUGCGGCCUGAUGGACAUGCCGUCUUUUUUAGAUAAAUCUACGCAUACAAUUUUACUGAAACAGAUUUUGAAUUGUAGUAAAGCCGUCGCAGAAACCUUCAUGACGAAAGCUGUGAAUGAAGAAAAGCAAGCAAUGCCAACAACUGAAAAUGAAGAUAUAAAUCAUCUAACUGUAUCGGGAGAUGGAACCUGGCAAAAACGGGGAUAUACAUCGUCAUUUGGAGUUUCUUCUAUAAUUGGCUAUUUUACUGGAAAGAUUCUUGACAUAAACAUUAAAAGUGCAUAUUGUAAGCUAUGUGAGUAUUGGAAAAAAAAAACAAAUACUGUUGAGUUCGAGGAAUGGUAUCAAUCGCAUGAAGAUGUGUGUUCUGCUAAUCAUCAAGGGUCUUCUGGGAAAAUGGAGGUGGAUGCGAUGGUCGAAAUGUUUUCGUAUUCUGAAACUAAAUAUGGAGUUAAGUAUGCCAACUAUAUUGGUGAUGGUGACUCCAAGACCUAUUCAGGAAUUAUAAAAUCAGAUCCUUACGAAAAUACAACUGUAAAUAAAAAGGAAUGUAUAGGGCAUGUCCAAAAGCGGAUGGGGAGUCGAUUACGUACGCUGAAGAGUAAACAAAAAGGUCUUGGUGGUCGAGGUAAGCUCACAGGAAAAUUAAUAGACAAACUAACUGUGUACUAUGGUUUAGCAAUACGCCGGCAUUGUGAUUCUAUUGAAAAUAUGAAAUCUGCUAUAAUGGCAACCUUUUAUCACUACGGCUCGAGUGAUGAAAAACCGAAUCAUGAUAUGUGUCCAAAAGGCGAAGAAUCUUGGUGCUCUUACCAGCGCGCUGAAGCAAGAGGAGAGCUUGAUACCUUUUCUCACGAUUAUUCUCCUUUACCUUCUGAUGUUUUAAAAGCUAUCAAGCCUAUAUACGAAGAUCUUAGUAAUGAAAAUUUACUUUCAAGAUGUGUAGGUGGAUUCAAUCAGAAUAAUAAUGAAAGCUUUAACCAACUAGUAUGGAAAAUAUGUCCAAAAACGGUAAAUACUAGUUUUACUAUCGUACAAAUAGCUGCAUACGUUGCUAUGUGUAUAUUUAAUGAGGGUAUAAAUUCAUUAUUAGUCUUGAUGAAUACACUAGGACUUAAUUGUGGGCCUAAUUCUCAUCGGUAUGCAGAAAGAAUGGAUGCUGCACGUAUCAAAGUAGCAGAUAAGCGCGCUAAUGAUAACACCCGAGAAGGUCGAUUGCAACGUAGGCACCAGCAAAUCGAUAUUUUGGAAGCUGCUAUGUCGGCUGAAGAGCUAUUAUAUGGUCCAGGAAUAGAUGACUCAGUAUGAAUCUCCAAGGACUUAUGAUGAUCACCGCAAAGGACUUCGGGAGGAACGGGCUCUACAAAAACAGCGAUAACUUUUUGAAUUAUUAAUUUUUUUUUUUGAAAUUUUCGUGAAGUCAAAUCGAAACGUGUUCUAAUAAAGCUAUGUUUUUAUUUUUGUCAAAUAAAGUAAUUAACUACAAAAAAAAAAUUAUUGAAAAUCAUCAUUUUUUCAUACCCCUGAGUACCCCUAACCCCUUAAAUCAUAUCUUUACAUCAGUGACAGGUCAGUAUUUUACGCAAUGCUGAUGUAAUU